AUGGUCAUAAAUAUUACGCACAUGCACAAGAGAUCACGUGUUCUUCUUCCACUCACUUUGGAAUUGUCAGCUGAAAUAAACCAGACGGGGGCCGUGGCACGAACGCCAAGGACGCAGCCUACCGAGUCCCGCAGGUUUAAGGCCAGGUACGACUCAAGCGCACGUUGUCCCAAAAGGCACCCAACGUCAGUACUGUUGCGCCUUUUCUGGAUUUGGGGUUUUCCCUCUGGCAACACCCGCACGCUUCGACAGUACCUGAGCAACAGGUCUAAGCAGAGGCGCGAGGCGGCAGAGCGGGAAGCGCGGCGGGCGCCUCGGACAACCCGCCCGACCGGGCGCACCCCUGCAGCAAGUAACAUUGCUCGCUCCCUCGGUCCGCUGGAAGAGAGGACGGUGCGAGACCGCAGUCUGCUCCAAGUGCAAGAGCACGAGCAGCCCAUCGUGUGGAAGGUGCAGUUCAGUUUGGGGAACAGCAGUCAGCUGAGUAACCAGUGCAGGAAUUCGGUUCAGGGGAAGCUCCUCAUUACGGAUGAACUGGGCUACAUCUGCGAGAGGAAGGACCUGCUGGUCAAUGGCUGUUGCAAUGUCAAUGUGCCUAGUACAAAGCUGUACAGCUGCGACAGCUGCCUUCCCAACGGCUGUUGCAGCGUAUAUGAGUACUGUGUUUCCUGUUGCCUGCAGCCCAACAAGCAACACCUCCUGGAACGUUUCUUGAACCGGGCAGCUAUAGCUUUCCAAAACCUCUUCAUGGCCGUGGAAGACCGCUUUGAGUUGUGUCUGGCAAAAUGUAGAACUUCAUCACAGAGCGUGCAGCAUGAAAACACCUAUAGAGAUCCAAUUGCAAAGUACUGCUAUGGCGAGUAUCCCCCAGAGCUUCUGCCUGUUUGAAAGCUGCAUGAUCUAAGCAACAAGGGGAAGGAACUGGAGACUGGAAUCCAAAAGAGCAAGGCAACAGCUGUUGCUUUACAAGAGCUUCAGUGUGAAUGGUUUAUGAUAUUUUUCAGGGACAAACCCAGAACUGUACAGUGUAAGGAAGGGACUUGAAUUCUCUGGGACUGAAUCUUGCUUUCUUCAGUUAAUGUUACAUGACUGCUUUAGAGCACUAGGGGGACAUUUGAAUACUUAAAAUAUUUAUUCUACACAAAUAGCUAGCAUUUUAGGAUGCACGGAGUGGAUUUAGGCUAUAGAACACGGUAGAAUAAAAUAUUUAGUAUAGCUUUGCAGUUGUGCAUGAAGGUUCAAUUGCAUCUCUGCAGUCCAGAGACUUUCUAGAUUGACACUGAUAGUUAAGAGGAUUUUUGCUUUUAGAGGGUAAAGCAUGCUUGUUGCGCUUCUCUCUCUGGAGCACUUGCUGACAUGCAUGGUCUACACUACAUAUGUAAUUAUGAAUUAUUUAUUCAGUUUAUAUGGAUUGCUAGCUGAAAGUAUUGAUGUUUCACAUAGCUAGUUGUUGAUGCCUUUCAGUUCCUAUUUCGUUGUAUCAGGUGGGAAGGAUAUUUUACAUCCUGACCGAAAUCACUUCCCCCCUUUAAUCUCAAGGAUUCGUGCUAGGAUUCAUCACUGUAGUGAUUAUGUUCCUCCUAGGUGAGUUUAAAGCACUCAGAACUCCAAUGGAGUUGUUAUUCUGUCAAAGUCCCAUAACAUGAGAGGAGAGCAGGGUUCUGCCUAGGGUGACCCGUUUAUUGUCUGUAAUGCUUUCCUCAUUACUCUGCUCUUCUUUGAGCAAACUGUUGCAAACUUAGUCUUACAAACAACUCUCUGCUAGUCCAUUUUCUCACUGGGAGUGCUGAAGAUGUGCUUGCUUGAACUUACUCAUGUCCUGGUAAUUCUAAUGUUCUUCACUCCUGGUUGUGCAGGAAGUAAGGGGUGGAGUUAUUCUAGGAUCCCAGUUUAACAAAAUGUCCUUGCGUAAUAAGUAAUUACACGUUGUGCAAGCCCUCCAGUGAGGACAGCUGUGUCGCAGGAGUUCAGUUAAACAGCCAUGAUGUUUUGAUUUGCAGUAUGACAUACUUGCUACUCUUAAAUUUCUGUCUCGUCAGAACCGUACUAGAAGAUAGCGUUGGUUCUCCCAUCAAUUUCCUAUAGCUCUCUAAAGCUGCAGUUUAAACCUUCUCCUUCUAAAGACUAAGUGAGGCUACUCCACAGGGAGUAGAUUUUAGAGAACCUGUAGGAUAUUGACUAAAUUUGUAUUCCUCCUGAAAGUCAGUAUGUGAAGUGUCCAAGCCCUAGACAAAAUCAUGCUUUUUAAAAUAUAUAUAGAAUGCCUCAUUUCCCUUAUUUUUACCUCAGCCAUCUCUGGGCAGCCAGGGCAUGAUUCCACGAUUUUUGACUUUGUGUACGCUUGUUUAAACUGGUACUUCCUAUUGCUUGUCUGAGAUGACAACAAUCUACGGAGUCUUAAAAAAAAUGGAACGCUCUGGAGUAUCCUGGUGCAAAGAUUAUCUGAAGAAUGCUAUUGCAGGAUAUUCUCUUGUGCUUGUAAUUAAACCCGCAUGUGAUACAAACAAAAAGUAGCAUUACUAGCCAUCUGAUAAAAUCCACUUGUAUUGUUUUCAUUGUUUUUUCCCAGAAGUCGUCAAGUGAGAUAAUGGUUCUGUCAGCAGAAUCUCUCGAAAAUCUUGUUUCUCCAAAAGCUUAAAAGCCUUAGUGUUAGCAGUUUAUCCAGUCACAAACCUCUCUCCCCUUUGCUGCCAUCCUAUGGCAACUUGCUGCAGCAGACAUGAUGCACUGGGAAGUGCUGUCUUGAGAGGCUAGCAGAGGCCUCUCUCGCUUCCCUUUUCAGUGUUAAACAGAUUUCUCUCACCUGUUCCACCAUUUCAUAACUGGUUUUCUCAGAGAAGGCAGUCAGGUUGGUUUGUUAUAACAUUCUUAUGUAUUCCAGCUGUAUUCCAGCACUACUGCUGAUGAAAUCAAGGUACUGUUGGAUUACUAUCACUUUCUUUUUUUUUUCUUUUUUAUUAAUUCCUUGGCUGGUUAUACCACUGCUUGAAGCAGUGAUGGUAAGAAACCAUAAGAACUAACCUGAUUCAGAUAUCUGUGGGAGUUCCUGGCCUCUGUCCCUUCCAGAAAAAUAAGCGAUCAGAAGUGCAUUGUGACCAUUGUCCUUCUGCUGGGACAGAAACUGCAUCUUCCCUCCCUGGUUUAAAUUCUGUCUGUCCUAUAUGUUAAAUCAUUAAAAAUGUAUGUGUUCUAAAAUACUGCCUGUUCUCACGUGUGCCCUUGAACUACAAGGGAACGGUAGCAAAAUAAUAAGUUUUAAUAAUGCAAUGGAGUAGAAGGGGACAUUGAGCUUGGAUAUGUUUAAUAAAGGCAAGGCAGCGAAAGGCAAACAGGAAAUCUAUUUCAAUUCAACUUAAGAAUACGUUUCUCUUAAUGGUGCACAGAAAUACCUGUCCCUUUGCGAAACUGGAUUGAGCAGGAAAAGGAAUGUAAAUGAUUGCUUCAUUCUGUGAGAUGCAGUGAUAAAUGUCAAAUCUGCGCUUCCCUCCCUGAAGUAUCAGCCUAUUAAUACUUCUGUGUUGCUUAAGUGGCGUCCGUUCCUCUUACAAAAAAGCCUGGUGAUUCUGCCGGUAGAUUUGGUGGCCAGCAAUACAUCCUAAGAUUUCCUGAAAAACUCGUUCCGUGGAUGUUAGCAACUGUCUGACUUUUGCUUUCUAGUCCUCUGCUAAGAGAGUCAAGUUGUUGACUUGUGUUUGGCAGCAGAUUUAAUGAAAACAGUCAAUGCAGUUACUAGCUCUGUUUACCUGCACUGGGCUCAGGGCUGGGGUGGUUGAAUGGGUUAUGUACCCCUUCUUUAUUUCCUGUAGUUUGCAAGAAUCUUAAUGCUAGUGGAAAAUGAUAGCAGCUCACCUCUAACGAGGAACGGGUAUAGUAUUUGGCCAUGCCAAUUUGGAAAGAGUGACCUCUAACAGUAGGGAAGGGCAGUGAUUGCUUUGGCCAUCUCUGCCAAAUUUGAACUUGAGUCAUUGGCCUUGGCAGAGCCUGCUGUACUGCUUCCUCGGGGUGGUAUACAGCGAAUUGGGUGAAAAUGCUUCUUAACUUGAUAGGCUAGAGUUCUGAAAAGGCAAAAGCAGGUUUCUGGCUUGGGGCUGCCACUGAACAGUUGAGGAGCCGGGAUCAUGGCUGUGUUGUUCUCAGAAUCUCACAGGUUAUCUAGGCAGUUCAUUACUCAUUUCCUGUGUUCUGGCUCUAAUGUCUUAAUAAAACAUCUAACCAAU